GAAGUGUCGUCGCGACGGUGACGACAGUGUAGUUGUUCCCAGUGCAGUAGCCGUAAUCGCGGAGAAGAUAUGGAAAGAUGUAUCUGAAGCGUACGUCCAAGUUGUUGGAUCUGUCGUCGCGGGCCACCGCGGAAGUGCAUCUACGCGAUCUUAUGUGCCCGGUGUGCCGUGGGAUAUUAAUCGAGCCAGUGACGCUGCCGUGCACACAUAACCUCUGUCUGCGCUGUCUUAAGGGUACGUUCGAGCACAACAGUUUGAGCUGUCCCCUGUGCCGGGUCCGGGUGGGCUCGUGGCUACGUAACGCGACCAAGUCGGAGACCCUGGUGAACCACGGCCUCUGGGAACUCAUCAGGGCCAAGUUCCCGAAGGAGGUCGAGAACAAGCAUAAUGGCGAGGAGGGGGAUCUCAGCUUGGACGCUGAUUAUGCAACAAAAAGAAUACUCAGCGCAGCUGGAGAAAUACACAGGGAAUAUGAGGCGCAACUUCAAAUGGCCGAGGAAGAAAUGCGUCGCCAGAGACAAGCCGAACAGAUAGCCAGCGAGGCGUUGAUACAGAAAAUUCGGGUAGAAGAGCAACAACUAUUGUUGGCUCAAUUGGCACAGGAUCAAUUGCUAGCCAAGACCUUGGCAAAGCAGCAGGUUGUGAAGAAGCACAAGGAAGCUACAAAGUGUUACAAUCAAUGUUUAAACACAUCGGUAUCGAAUUAUGUUCUCGACGCGUCCAGGUUUAACACUAAGACUAUGCUUGUAAAUAAUGUCGAAACGCCACAAACCGAAGCUGCACACUUGGAAAGCAGGCAGAUGAGUCUUCCCGAGUCUGUCAGCGACAGCACAAAACCAAGACAAACGAAUACGACACUGUUAUCUAAAAUCGAGACAAUAUGUUCCAAUAUAUAUGGCUCUAAUGAGGCAAAUGCAUCCAGUAUGCAUAAAGUUUCACUUAAAUAUUGUUGUCAGAAACAAAUACCAGUAUAUAAUGCUGUCACAAAAACGUUAAAACAUAAAACAGUAUCCAAAUUCACCCAACCUUGCACUUCGAAUUAUUCCACGGAUCCCGGAUGUUCCACAUCCAAAGCUUAUAUGACGGAGACUAAAGAAGAGUUGCGCGUACCGAGCGAUGUGGUGAACAGCAAAAAGAAGAGUUUAGGGAUAGAGGUGUGUAUGACGUUGGCUGAUGAUGACGAAAGAAUAGGGAGUGCUGAGAGUUCGGGCAGUCAUGACAGCAUAAAUCAGGAGAUUCAUCAUUUCAAACCGAUCAAGACGGUACCGAGAACGAAAUUAAAAGUUUCUUCAGAUGGGAAACAGAUAGAUCCGAAAUUGAUUAGAGUGAUUCCUGUUUUAAAGAAAACGUUUAAUGCAGUGCCAAAACCUCCAUCGCCGACACACAUGAAACGUAUAAUUGGAUGUUCUUGGAGCGCCUUCAGAGGUAGAAUAAAACAGGACGCAAAACAAAAGCAAGCUGCGCACAAUCUAGAGGAGACGCUAAUCGAUCAGCAACCGUCGACGUCCCUCGACCAUUCUCAAACGGUUUCGAAUAAGUCGAUGACAAAACCUCAAACAAACGACGUUAUCCGUCGACUUGAUUUUGUGCCCGAACCAUCAUUCGACAGCAACAAAAAUUAUACGAAGAACGCAAACAAAAUAGUUAAUGGCCUUAAAACGAGCAAAAAGUUGGACGAUGAAUCAGACGCGAAAAAAACUCGUAAAUCUUGGAGAACGCGCGUGAGAAAUGGUAUGAUAGUAAAAUCUAAGGGGAAUAGAAAUCUGCGGAGUAAUAAGAGGGCAGCUGGACUCACUUUGAAUGUGAUAGACGAGGAAGAGGAUGAUCCGAUGGAUUCAUUCGGCAAAGUAAGUCCGCAAAACGACGAGCAAGACAGCGAUCGCGAUGACGUAGCGGUCGAAAAUAUAGCGGAGCGGAUUAAAAGAAGGAAAGAAAACAUGGAAAAAGAAACGUCGAAACGAGAAAUUGAAUCCAAUACAUCUAAAAAAAGCAGAGCAGCAAUGAAGAAGAAAACAUUUUCUGAGAGGAGAGACGAGAGUUCCGCAACGGAUCAUGUUUCGUUCUCGACGGUCGAAGAAAGCGCGGAAGUGAAUAUCGAACAUUCUGGGCCAAGAAGAACGAAGCGUAGGAAAAUCAGCAGGACUUCUCAAAGCAAUACGGAGGCUCUGGAGAGGAUCGAGUUUUCUUCAGACACGAAUGGUAAAGUGAAUCUGAGGAAGUCUACGCGAAACUUGACGAAGGUCUCCAAGUCGAGCGAUCACGUAUCGGACGGGGCGCGCAACAAGAAUAACAAUAGGUUUAACUACGACUCGCCACCAGAGUCUUCUGACGAGACGGAGGAGUGCGUUCCGGAGAGCAACCACGUCGUCGGAACUUGCGUCAAGGAGCUGCCCUCGGACAAAGAAGCGAUCGAGGAACAGCAACAGAUCGAGCGAUUGUUGCUGCAAGAGAAAGAGGAUUUUGAAUUGGCGCGCCGCUUACAGGCGCAGUUCGACGAGAUGGAGCGAAUAGCCGGACGUCCUAGACGUACGAGGAAGACUACCGAAAGCGAGAGAAGCAUCGAGACUGACGCGACUGGAACUGUCUUCAAAACGAACGUCAAACGAAAACCGAUCGUCGAUUGUGCCGUGAGUACCGUAGUUAAGAGGAAACGCGGCAGACCACCGAAACGCAUGAAAAUCGCGACUGAUGCGAGCGAAGAUGAGACGCGUGCGCGAUAAUCGCACUUGAUACGCGCAAAAAAAUCCUCCGCACACAGCUGGAUGUUCCUAUAAGCCAUAUAUAAAGGAAAAUGGAGUUCGAUUAAAACUUUUUGCGACUUUGUAUAGUGUCUUACGUAUUUUUAACGAGAGAUCGUUUGCGUCAUGUCGAAUGCGUACCUGGAUAACAAUGCGAGAGUAUAAAUGCGCAGCGUAUAAAUGCAAAUCUUUAAAUUGUUACAUUGUCGUUUUUUGGUGUCCACUCUAUGGAACGUUAAUACGCGCCUACGUGCCGUUUUUGUUCCUAAUGUAUCAAUCGUGCACUUUUUUAAAAUAAGGAUAGAAAAAACGCGACUUAUGCUCAUAUGCAAUACAUUUCCGGAAUAAUUGACCGAAAUUUUAACAAGUUUUGUUCGAUAGGAUACUUCUGUGAAAAAGAAUUCUGUUAACAUUAAAUUUACAGAAGCUUCCGGGACGCGUCUCGUAUCUAUUUUUAUUAGUCCUCUUGACGAAAUGAAAUACCACAUUAUAAUCAAAACGAAGAAUGACAAUAUGCGAACGAGACAUUGUUAAAUUUGGUGACGAGAGCGAGAAGAAUGAGGAAUGCACGUCCGUAAUUUCGACGAUGAUGAGAUAUGCGCACGAGAUUAAAAAAGUGUAAUUUUAUACAGUGAUUAUAAUUAUUUUUUAAGAGAGCUUGUCCAUUUAGGCUUAAGUCGCUACUCAUUAGACACAGUCCAUAACAAUUAUUAUAGAUAUAUGCAAGUUAAUUAGCUUUUUUCUUGAAAGUUCGAUUAUAUGCUGAUAUCUGGCUUCUUGGUAAUUUUCUUCGUUUCCAAACAGAAAAUAACCGCCAAAAUCGCAGAGUGACAAUCGCCGCGACGUGUAUUGCUCAAUUGAGGGCAAAGAAAGCGCUAGCUUUUAUCAUUACACGGUUUAUAAUGAAAACUUUCUAUCGGAGUUGCUUUAUCACGAGAUAAUACGUAUUUAUAUAUUUCUAUAUUUAUCGUUCCCGUGGAUACAUAAAUUAAAGUGAAGUCCGACUGAAUCCACAUUUCUUUCUUUAUAGAACGAAGGGGACGGGAGGAAUUAUGUCAACUUUAAUUAUCUUUACCUAAUGUUCACGCAAACUACUCUAAUUAACAUUUAUAUAACAUUUGUUACAUGACAUUUGUAUAUCAUUAUCGAGAAAGGCAGAUUCUCUGGCGAAUAUAAUUGUGUAUAACGUUAAAAGAGGAAUUAUAUAUGUUUGAUAAGAUGCGCUUGAUAUCGCAAUUCUACUGUUAGCUUCGACGGCCUUGAUUAUCAUACCGCAAUUAUCAAAUAAAUUGUUAUAUAUUAAGCGUUAUAUUAAGAGAUUUAUGUAAAUCUCGCGCGCGGACGGAUUUUGCGUCAGGACUUGACGGAUGCAGAGUUAUCGAGAAAUAUAGUUCCUUCAACGGAGUUCCGUUUCCGAUAGGCUAGAAUUCUCUCUCGCCCGUACGUAUUAUCACCCUAAUUACUAUAUAUAUUUAUACUGUAUAUAUAUAUAUAU